AUGGCAGAACCAACUCCCCAACCAGCUUUCAAGAACAUCGUCAUCCUUGGUGGUUCUUACGCGGGAAUUUCAACGGCGCACUACCUCCUCAAACAUGCUAUUCCAAAACUGCCAGACCAAUCCACCUACCAAAUCAUCCUAGUCAGCGCUUCAUCUGAGAUAAUAUGUCGACCAGCAACUCCACGAGCAAUGAUCUCAGAUGACCUACUUCCACAGGAAAAAUUCUUCGUGUCAAUCCCGGAGAUCUUCAAAAAGUAUCCCAGCACCAACUUCCUAUUCGAGCAUGCCCGAGCAGAGCAUGUCGAUCAUGUGAAUCGCACAGUCACCAUUCACUCAGACACAGAUCAGGAGAAAAAGAUCUCUUACCACGCCCUAAUCAUUGCAACCGGCGCUUCAACCGCAUCGCCUCUCCUGAGUCUAAACCAAGACUCAAAGUAUCUCCGCGCACAAUGGGCGCUUUUCCGGGAUGCCUUGAAAAAUGCAAAAAGCAUUGUGAUUACCGGUGGUGGGCCCACUGGAAUCGAGGCGGCGGGCGAACUGGGCGAAUACCUUAAUGGUCAGCCUGGGUGGUUUGCUUCUAAACUCGAGUUUCCCAAGGUUGCAAUUACAGUUGUGACUUCCGCUUCUCAAAUUCUGCCGAUGCUACGAGCUAGUAUUGCUCACAAGGCCGAGAUGUAUCUUGCACGCGUGGGAGUGACGAUCAUCAAGGGUACCAAAGUGACGGGCGUAUCGCCGCUGGAAUCGGGGACGGAUUUUGCGCUGCCGUCCAAGACUACCGUAUCGCUCUCAGAUGGGUCGGAGCUUGAGGCUGAUAUUUACAUUCCGGCUAUGGGGAUGGUGCCUAAUACGGCGUUCCUUGAUAAGUCGCUACUUGCGUCUGAUGGGCGGGUUGAGACUAAUCCGUCUACUCUGCGGGUGGAUAAAGCCGGAGAUCGGGUCUACGCUGUUGGUGAUGUGGGCUCGUAUGGAAGGCCGGCUGUGCAUGCGAUUCUGAAUGCAAUUCCAGUGGUCUGCGGUAAUAUCAAGCGGGAUUUACUCAUUACUUCUGGGGUGAAUGAAACUUCUUUGGAAGCUGAGCGGGCGUACAAGGAGGAUACGCGGGAGACGCAGAUGGUUCCUAUUGGGAGGAGCAAAGGAGUGGGUGCAGCGAUGGGAUAUCGGCUGCCUAGUUUCCUAGUUUGGUUGAUCAAGGGUCGGGACUACUGGCUUUGGACGACGGCGGGCUUAUGGAGUGGGAAGCAGUGGGAGAAAGAGUCCUGA